GCUCUAAACAAAACACCAUACACGAACCAAAAAAAUGGCUUCUGUGGAAGAGAACCCAACCGCAGCGCCUCCUGAACCAAGACUCCUCGAAGAUGUCACUCCCUGGAUCGACUCCGCAGUGCAGCAAGCUACUGUCUACCAGAAGACUGUGGAAGACACCAUUGAUGCCGCCAUUGAAGCAUCCAGAUCUCGUUUCUCCCAAAUUCGGUCCACUUCAUCGGCGCACUUGCAGCAAUCUAUCGAUUCUCUGCAAGAUGUGAAGUCCAUCUACAAUCAAUACGAGGAUUUACUAUUUGCCAGACUGAAAGAUGGUAUUAAUGUUGCAGCUUCACAUCCACUAAUUACGGGAGGCGUUGCUAUUGGCGUUGGAUCUUUGACUCUGAAAAGGCCUAGGCGCUUCUUGUACUAUAGCACUUUGCGCCUUUUUGUAAGUGAAGAGUCCUUGCUAUCCAAAGCAGAUACAAAGGUAAAGGAAUUGCACCAGACAAUUAGUCAGUGGAAGGCUGUAAGCGAUAAGUUGGAGAGAAGGGCAUCUGUAGCAGAAGAAGACCUGAUUCGAGGAAGGACAAAACUCAGACAAGCUGGAAAGCAGAUACAAGAGGUAGUACGCUCAGCUUAUAAGAUUGAAAGACAAGCAGUGGGCUUGAAAGAUGUCAUUCGAGAACUUCCUGGGAGAGAAGCAUCUCGGUUUCGGUCACAAGUUUCCAGCCUUGCCUCUGAGGCAAAGAAAGAAAGAAAUGCCUUGACCAAAGAGGUUAGGAAAAUCAGUAACUAUGGAAUCUCAGUAUAAGUACUUUUGUUGCUUGCUGUUGUUACCUCCUAGCAUAUACAAUGUGUAAAAGAAAGGCUAAUUUCUGCAAAUUAUUUUCAAAUAAGUAUGUUUCAAUGUGGAUCAAGGCAACAAGUAGCAUAUGUCUUACUUGUGUAGGGAUAUGCAUGUCAACACAUUUCCAAUAAUGAGGUGUGUGUACACUUGAGUUUGAAAAUGAAAGACUAUGCUGUUUAGUUAUUAGUGUAAGUCAUUAUUUUUGGCCAGCAAAUUGAGUCUUUCCUGAAGUUGUAAUGCUCGCCUUAGUGUAUACUCAUUCGGAAUCUAAUUGAUAUAGAGCAGAGUUGAAGAAUGGUAUCUCAUACUUUGUGUGGCCUAUUCAUGUAA